UAAAUAGCAAAAGAAAUAAACUGUACGCGCAAACCCAUUUCUUCUUCUCCUAAGCUACCCCGUAGUCGGGUCUCCUCCAGUUUACUCUUCUUCUACCUCUUUCUCUAGAAUCCAACCCAUCGCCGAUCGACCCAAUGGUGCCACCACCGGCAACUCAACCGAAUCACCAGGCGACUCAACAAUUUCUUUCUUCAGUUCUCUCUCAACGCGGCCCCUCCUCUCUCCCUUACACUGAAGACACCAAAUGGUUAAUUCGACAACACCUCCUCGCUCUCAUCGCUACCCACCCUUCUCUCGAACCUAAAACUGCUACCUUUACCCACAACGAUGGUCGUUCCGUCAACCUCCUCCAAGCCGAUGGCACUAUUCCUAUGCCGUUUCAAGGUGUCACUUACAACAUUCCCAUCAUAAUCUGGCUCAUGGAAUCCUACCCUCGCCACCCGCCUUGUGUCUAUGUGAAUCCCACGCGCGACAUGAUCAUCAAGCGACCUCACCCUCAUGUUAACCCUUCUGGCUUAGUUUCUGUUCCGUAUUUGCAAAAUUGGAUUUACCCCAGCUCUAAUCUCGUCGAUCUAGUCCGUGAAUUAGGCGGGGUUUUUGGCCGUGAUCCUCCUCUUUAUUCUCAACGCCGCCCGAACCCUAACCCUAGUCAUAGCCCCAGCCCUAGCCCCUCAAUCAAUUAUGGUGCCAAUCAAUCCAAUUUAUCGCAUUCGUCGAGUUUCGGAUCCGUUGGGCCCACUGGAGGACAUGGCGGAUAUCCACGUCCGAUGAAUAGGCCGUACCCGCCAUCGCCAUACGGGGGUACCAGUGGUCAGCCAACGCGUCCACAAACGGAAGAUGCUGCGGAGGUUUAUAAGAGAAAUGCGAUCAAUAAGAUUGUGGAGACAGUUCAUGGGGAUAUUUUGCAAUUGAGAAAAGCAAGGGAGGCGGAGAUGGAAGGUUUAUUCAGUGCUCAGGCUGUGUUGAGGAGGAGAGAGGAAGAGAUUAGUAAAGGACUUAAGGAGAUGCAAGAUGAGAAAGAGGGUUUAGAGGGGCAAUUACAGGUUGUGUUGAUGAAUACAGAUGUUCUAGAAGCUUGGUUGAGAGAAAAUGGUGGGAAAACAAAAGGGAAUACAGGGGCCUUGGAUGUGGACAAUGUGUUUGAGUGCACUGAUCCUCUAUCAAAGCAGAUGUUAGAGUGUACAGCAGCAGAUUUAGCAAUUGAGGAUGUGGUUUAUUCCUUAGAUAAGGCAGUGCAGGACGCAGCAGUGCCCUUUGAUCAGUACUUGAGGAAUGUAAGAUUGUUGUCAAGAGAGCAGUUUUUCCAUCGGGCUACUGCUGCCAAAGUAAGAGCUGCUCAGAUGCAGGCUCAGGUUGCUAAUAUGGCUGCUAGGGCGCCACAUUAUGCUAACUGAAUGAGUAAUGGUGUUUGUGCUACAUUUUGUAGCUAUUCAAAAGAUAUUGUAUGAGAUAUAGUAAAAGGUUAGAUUCUUAUUAAGAACUGUUUUAUACUUUUCUUUCUCUUUUAAUUUUUUUUCUUGUUGUUACUGCUGCUUAUUGAUUUGUAUUGAUAGGAAAAUAAUACAAAUUUUCUCUGAAUUAUAUUGCUCUCAUUCA